UCACUAGCAAAGAAUGACUUAAUGACUGAGCCACCAUCAUUUUUUGGACCCAGAGCGUAUGAAGAACACCCACACUUAUGAAUCAGAUAGGCUCUCUUGUGUGUGAGUAAUCUCCACAUUGUCACUCAGAUCUGACCAACGUCACACCUGCUAUCUACGCACCCACUUGCAUUAACUCGACAGUCAGGCAACCAGCCUGGCCAACUGGCAUUAACACAGCUAAUAGAGCAUCAACAAGGCAACAUUUCUUCACAAAAUUUCAGGGCUUUGCAAUGGCAAUCUCAUUGUCUGUUGGAAGGUGUGAGAAACAGUAAAAGCAGCAAAGAUGAACAGUGUGCAGAGCGUUCACACAGACAGUAACUCUCUGCUCAAAGCAGUCUAUUUGGGUCGUCUCCGCCUGACACGCCUCCUUCUAGAGGGCGGAGCUUACGUAAAUGAGAGCAAUGAGAAGGGUGAGACACCCCUGAUGAUUGCCUGUAAAAGCAGAUACUCUGACACCCAGGGGGUUCCAAAGGCAAAGAUGGUGGGAUAUCUUCUAGAGAGUGGUGCUGAUCCAAACAUACAGGACAAAAGUGGCAAGACUUCUCUGAUGCAUGCCUGCCUUGAGCAAGCAGGACCUGAAGUUGUGUCCCUACUCCUGGAUAAUGGGGCAGAUCCCUGUCUGGAGGACCAUGUAGGCUCCUCUGCUCUGAUCCAUGCCAUUAAUUCCAGUGAUGAGGAAACACUGAAACUGCUAAUGGAUGCUUUCAAGGCCAAAGGUAAAGAGGUCAUCAUCAUCACCACAGACAGACUUGUCUGCGGAAGUCAAGUGGCCAAACAGUAUCUUAAAAUUCCUUCACUAGACCAGUGGGAUAAGUCUCAUUCCUCCUCGAUACCAUGUGCUUCUCCUUCUGAGAUUCACCUCAGUACAUCACCUCAGGAGACAUUUUCCUCCGGCCUCUCAGAGCAAAUGUUCUCUUUCCAGGACCUGCAGACUAUGACCUGCUCUCAGACAACCAUUCCCUCUAACCAGCCACCUUUGGUAAACAGGAGACUGAACAAACUCCACCAUCUGCAGAGACUACACUCAGAACCAUGGCUGAAGAUCCCUCAGUCCUUUCUAUCAGAACAACAUGUCAAAGGUAACUCUCAAAUGGAAAAACUGCCUGACAUAACACCUGAAGAAGAAUGUGCUUUCAGCAUUGACAGACGGCUGCCUUUUAAUCCUCAGGUCAGCACUGACAUAAAAAAAACAACUAGUCAGUCUCAGCUUCAUGAAAACAACACAAGCAAUCGUGGAAAUCUAAGAGCAGAUGGAGCAAUGCCUCGCAACAUGUCCUUCAAUGGUUUAUCUUCACUGUACUCGCUCUCCCACCCAGAUCUUCACUCCGACAACAGUGAAUUCUUAUCAUCAGAGAAUGACUCCGAAAAGUUACUCCCUAACCUGGCAGUGUCCAGUCUAAUCAACAUUAUCCAGCGUCGAAAGCUUGGAAUGGAUCACUAUAGCUCUGAUUCACAGCUUUCAGUGUCAGGCAACUUCCCAGCAGAAGGUAAAAAACAGCUUGACAGCAGGCAACUUCCGACUUCACGAUCAUCCACUUUGAUAAGCACGCAGGAGUCAAUUGAGAGCACUUUACUGGGAAAUAUACACAAGAGACACCCAACCAAUCUAGAAAGGAGGGGAUCAGGGGCUCUUCUCACAGAUCUACCUUUCAACCCUCGACCAGGUUUUCUACCACCACUGAGCCAUCAUGCUUCAAUCCAACAAACUUCUGGAGCAAGCAGCUCCAGCAACAAGCCAACAUGUGGCUUGGUGACAGGAAUGAAGCAGUAUCUCCCAUCAGCUCCUGCUGGAUUACCAAAGGAUCUCAAGACCAGAAGAUUUCUGAUGAGAAGGCACUCCAUGCAGCCCGAACAAAUUAAACAGCUAGGUGACUUUAAGGAGAUCUUCGGUUAAUGAUGAUGAAAUGCAGUGUAUUGGUUAAAUAGACGGGAAUAUACAAAAACAUCUUAAAAAUCUAUCAUUUGCUAAAUAAAUUGGGGUAUGUGUGGAAGGGGGUUCAUAAUACAGCACACAUUUAAGAUUUAUUUUCCAUAGGUUUGAUCCUUUCAUUUUUCAGUUUCACUACUCAAUAGUGAAUUUAUGAAAAUUGCUUAAUAUAGUAAAGUUUACCUCUGUAAGUAUUAAUUAAUAUACCACUCAGGGUAAAUUGAAGUUUAAACCCCACCAUACAUAAUAUAUACACAGCUACCAGUAACUCGGUUUUGUGAAUAAAAUAUAUUUGAUUUGGCAUGAUUUUGAAUUCUUUAGGCAAAGGGCAAUAACACCCUCUUAAGAAAAGAUCUUAAAUAAUUCCUUGGUACUUAAGGGUUUGUACUCAGCAUUAACUUAUUAUUAACAUACUAUUAUUAAUAUUAUUAUUAACAGCAUUAAAUGAGUAGUUGUGUCAGAGUGAUAGUUCACCUUUGGAAUGCUACUGUCAAUUUAAGGUAGGUUUUCUUUGCCACCUUACCUUAAGGUACGGGUUUUUUGUUAACUAUGCAUCAUCCAUUGGUUCUAAUGGCAGUGUACAUGAAACUGCUGGGCACCAUGUCCGAUGUCCCUGUAGGAACAUCCUUUCACAUUUGGAGACAUUCUGUGCCCUCAGACAUUUUGGAGUUUGGAGACAUUUUGUGCCCUCUGGAAAUGUUCCGGCCAGUUUUUUGCACUCCUAAUGGCCAUCUGUCCAACAGAAAAUGCUGCCAUGUGCAUCUUAAUGUAGACCCAGAAAGAGACAAUUCUAGCUGACUCUACCAUCUGGCUGCAGAAAAAAUAUCAUAGAUAAGGGGUUCAAGCCUAGUGUUUUGUCAUAGUGAAUAAACUUUAUGUUUGCUUUAUGCUGCCCUUUUGAACAUGCUACAAGGGACCAGACCUAUGAUUUCAAGGUGUAUGUGAUCUGAUGAGGCACUGUGACAUAGGGCACUCGGUUCAGCAGGUCUGGUUUGACGGUUAGUGAGCAAGAUGAGCUUGUGACUAAAAUGAAUCAUAGUCUGUUCUGUCAGAAUGUUUGUUUUUUUCUAAGACAUGGCCAAUGGUACCCCAAAGGAAAAAAAGUGAUGAGUCUCUGGCCAGUGUGGGAACCAUAAUGGUCUGACAAACCUCCACUGUGCUAUCUGUGUUCCUGUACAGUUAAACCACUGUGAGUUCUUGUGCCAACUGAACACAGGACUGCUGUGGAAGUGAGUGAGAUAUUUGAUUGCACUGCAGAACACUUUACAUCUAGACUGCCUGUAGUUUUUACAAAAAUUUGCAUGGCUAGAGAUUUGCAUCGCUAGUUUCACUCUUUUUGCAUAAGUGACUAAGCUAAACGAAUGUAUGGAUCCGUACCAUGAAAUGAAUUUAAUGAAUUAAUUGUGAGUUCAGUCUAAGUUGGUGUCCUUUCAGUUUCAGCAGGAGAUUCUGGUUCAAGUUCUGGUUUCCAAAAACACCUGUCAAGCUGCUUCAAAUUCUGCUUCUACAAGAGACAUUGAUCAGAACCUUAGCACCUCUGUAUCUGCUGGUUCAAUAUUCUUCUUCUUUUGUACCAGCUUCGAUAAGCUUUCAGCACAGCAGACUGGUUAUGACUUUGAACUACUGAUCAAGAGGUUGUGAAUUUAAAUCUCAGUGCUACUGCAGGGUGCUUGAUCAUAGUAAAUAACUGAUGUUGGGCAUCAGUUGCUUGGGUGACUAUAAAUAAAUGGGUCAUUUGCCCAGCUGUGCUGAACUACACUGAUGCAUCAGGCUCUUAUCUUUAGAAUGCUCCAGUCCCAGGACUCACAUCAGCUAUAUCAAUGUCUGUCUCUGUAUGAAAUGCAGCUGUACUGAGCUCCAACAAGUUCACUAACAGCGCUUGAUUUAGUUCACUGCCUUCUAGCAUAGUACAAGAGCUCAUGCUUCCCGUUCCAGGGAGCUUUGCAUUCGUGCCUUUUUCACGUUUGUGUUCCAGCCGUGACAGUGCAGAAAAGCCUUUAAUUCAAUAAUAAUAAGUAAGUAGUAUCCUCAUAGAUUGCAAACUUCUUAUGUUGCAAUCAGCAUUACGCUUCAAUUAUCCUAGUCAAGACAAAACCUGCAUGUGAGUGAUUGUGAUUUUCUUUUGCUACCUGUGAUGGUCCACACAUGGACCUUCCACAAUAACAGUUGUAGAAGGGGAAUUAGUUAUAAUCACACUGUCCGGUGUCACCCAGAUGAGGAUGGGUUGCCUUUUGAGUCUGGUCCUUAUCAAGCUUUCUUAAUAACAUGUCAUUGAGUAUUUUUCUUUCCACCUUCACAUCUGGCUUGCUCAUUAGGGAUAAAAUUUAUAUCCUGAAUUUACAUAUUUCUGUAAAGCUUGUUGCGACAAUGUCUUUUGUGCUAUACAAAUAAAAUUGAAUUGAAAUUAAAUGCUGAACAUUCAAUGUCCCAAACAAUUUGGAUAUUGAUAUUGGACAUUGUCCAUCAUCCAUCAGAACUGGGCAGAACAGAAGCUUGCUUUACAUCCUGCCCAGAAUGUUCAGAAGUUAGGAAUUGUUCAUUCAUUCAUCUUCUACCGCUUAUCCGAACUAUCUCGGGUCACGGGGAGCCUGUGCCUAUCUCAGGCGUCAUUGGGCAUCAAGGCAGGAUACACCCUGGACGGAGUGCCAACCCAUCACAGGGCACACACACUCUCAUACUACAGACAAUUUUCCAGAGAUGCCAAUCAACCUACCAUGCAUGUCUUUGGACCGGGGGAGGAAACCGAAGUACCCGGAGGAAACCCCCGAGGCACGGGGAGAACAUGCAAACUCCAUACACACAAGGUGGAGGCGGGAAUCGAACCCCGACCCUGGAGGUGUGAGGCAAACGUGCUAACCAC